AUGUCUUGCCACAACUGCUCUGCAAACUAUAGCUUGGGAUCCCUCAGAAGUCCCUGCCAUAUUCCUCUCACCUCCUCCAUUGCCCUCUGCUCUACGGGUAUGAGCUGUGGUGAUGUCCUCUGCUUGCCUAGUAACUGUCAAGACCAUCUCCAGCCUCUGGACAACUGCCAAGAGAGCUGCAGUGAACCAACCAGUCGCCAGCCAGCCCACUGUGAUCCCAGCAACUGUGAAACAUCUUGCUGCCCUUCUACUACUUACUACGUGUCCAGACCCUGCCAUGGAACUUCUUUUCUUCCUGCUGCUUCUUAUAUCUCUGGCUCCUGCCUCCCCAUAUUCUAUAGACCUCUGAGCUAUGUGUCCAGCAGCAGCCGACCCCUGAGUCUCCUCACUUAUGGAUGCCGCCCUGUGGGUUUUUUGCCCUGUGGUCCUCAACCACUGAGCAUUGUGCCCAGCAGCCUCAGACCUCUGCAUCCUGUUUUCGCUGGAUGCCAGCCUCUGAGCCACGUGUUCAGUACUUGCCGUCCAUCUUGCUCUGCACUGGGAGGCCAGUAGCUUCCUUGUUCCAGUUAAUAAUCACGCCAAGGAUCCAGGACAAAAAUUCAAACUCUGUGGACUUGUGCUUCUUUCCUAGUAGUUCCUUUACUUGCUUUUACUCUGCCUGAGAUGUAAUUUGAGCUGCUCCUUUCCUAUUUUUAUCUUUUUUGCGUCUCUCCUUGGCAUAAAAUUAUUUGAUUUACAAUGCUGUUCAAUGUCACUCAGGUGUGGGAAGAAUUUAUUUGGUUCAUGUUGUAAUAAAUGAGAUUAAGUCAGAA